GCUCGGACUAUUUGAUAUAUCUGCGCGUUUCUGAACUACUUUUCCACCUCAGUUCUUACGCGGCUCCUUCGUGUUCGUCCAGCACGUUCAGGAUGCACGUUGUGAUUAAAUGCGUUUUGAUUUCGCAGCUGGCACUGCUGCUCUCCAGAAGCGGUCGGGCUCUGCUGUGUCUGCCCUGCGACGAGUCAAAGUGCGAGGAGCCGAAGCAGUGCGUGGGCUCCGUGGUGCCCGGGAUCUGCGGCUGCUGCUCCGUGUGCGCCAAGCAGAAGAACGAAAGCUGCGGCGGCGUGUACGGCCUGUACGGCACGUGUGACGCGGGGCUGCGCUGCGUGAUCAGACCGCCUCUAGACGGAGGAUCCAUCACGCAGUACGAGGUCGGAGUUUGUGAAGAUGAAAACUGGGAUGACGACCAGCUCUUGGGAUUUGAACCAUGCAACGAGAACCUGGUUACAGGCUGUAACAUCAUCGAUGGGAAGUGUGAAUGUGACAGCGUACGAACAUGCAACAACCCUUUUGAGUUUGCAAGUCAGGAGGCAUGUCAAACAGCUUUGAAGAAGAUUGAAGAGGAAAGGCCAGACUGCUCUAAGGCCAGGUGUGAGGUGCAGUUCUCCCCACGUUGUCCCGAGGACUCUGUGCUGAUUGAAGGUUACGCCCCGCCGGGCGAGUGCUGCCCUCUGCCUAGUCGCUGUGUUUGCAACCCUGCUGGGUGUCUGAGGAAAGUGUGCCAGCCUGGCUACCUCAACAUCUUAGUGUCCAAAAGCUCUGGCAAACCUGGAGAGUGCUGCGACCUGUAUGAGUGCAAACCAGUUUUUAGCGUGGACUGCAGCACAGUGGAGUGUCCUCCUGUCCAACCAGUUCAGUGUCCGGCUGACAGCUAUGAGACUCAGGUCAGACUGACAGCGGACGGCUGCUGCACACUACCCACCAGGUGUGAGUGUUUGCCCAGCGUCUGCACCUUUCCACAGUGCUCUGCGGGAACGUCGCCCCGCUUGGUCUCCCGUGGCGACGGAACACCAGGGAGUUGCUGCGAUGUCUACGAGUGUGUCAACGUGACCAAACCGGCCUGCACCUUUAACGGAGUGGAAUACCAUGAUGGUGACAUGUUUAGGAUGGAUGCCUGCCGUUUCUGCCGCUGCCACGGUGGCGUAUCGGCGUGUUUUACGGCUCAGUGUGGCAUCCUUCACUGUGAACGUUACUAUGUACCAGAGGGAGAGUGCUGCCCUGUCUGUGAAGAUCCUAUCUUCCCUGCGUUAAAUUUUGCCGGCUGCUAUGUGAAUGGCCAGAUUCUGGCUCACGGGGAACACUGGCGAGAGGACGACUGUACCUUCUGUCAGUGUGUAAGCGGAGAGGCCCGCUGUGUAGCUGCUGCCUGCGGCCAUAGCUGCCUUCACCCAGUGACUGUACCUGGGGAGUGCUGCCCUGUUUGUGAAGAACCCACCUACAUCACAAUGCCGCCCCCUGGCUGUGGCCUGUUAGAGAACUGCACACUGACGGACAAGGACUGUGAAUUUGGAUUCCAGCUCGACUCCCACGGCUGCCGCACCUGCAGCUGCAGAACGAGAGAGGAACAAUGCAGUGCUGUGAUCUCCGGCUGCACUCUGAAGUGCCCGAGCGGUUUUCAGACGGAUGCCAACGGCUGCGCCUCAUGUCAGUGCCGACAUCGCCACAAGAAGUGCAAACCAGUGGCCUGCGCCAAACACUGCCCUUUCGGCUUUGUUAAAAACAAGCAUGGCUGUGAUACCUGUCGCUGUAAGAGAUGCCCUGAACUGCCAUGUGACAAAUCCUGUCCACUGGGCUUCCAGCAGGAUAAGCUAGGCUGCCUGAUUUGUCAAUGCAGAGAUCAGAGCUCCUCUUCUUUUGGGCCCUCAGUUAAGUUUGGAUCGUGUCUUUCCAUGGAUGGCCGGAGACACGAGAACGGUCAGAGUUGGCAUGACGGAUGCAGGGAGUGCUACUGCCACGACGGUCGAGAAAUGUGCGCCCUUAUUUCCUGUCCGGUGCCCAACUGUGACAACCCCAGCAUCCGCCCUAAUCAAUGUUGUCCCACUUGCCCAGAUGAGUCAGGUUCUCAUAGGCCAGAGCUGAGCGAGACAUCGGUGUGUCUGGCCCCCGGUGGAGAGUACUUUGUGGAAGGAGAGACGUGGAACAUAGACUCCUGCACACAGUGUACCUGCCACAGUGGCCGUGUGCUCUGCGAGACUGAGGUGUGCCCGCCACUGCUCUGUCAGAGUCCCAUCAGAACCCAGGACUCCUGUUGCCCACACUGCCCAGAUGAGCCGCUUACACCCGUGACACCCAGCAACAACAGCAUGCCCAGGUACUGCCGCAACGAGGAGGGAGACAUCUUUCUGGCCGCCGAGUCCUGGAAGCCCAACGUUUGCUCUAGCUGUGUUUGUGUGGAUGGAGUGAUUAGCUGCUUCUCCGAGUCUUGCCCUCCGGUCAACUGUGCCCGACCUGUCCUGCGCAAGGGCCAGUGCUGCCCCUACUGUCUAGAUGCCACACCGAGAGCGGUGUGCCAUUUUAACGGAAAGACGUACGUGGACGAGGAGCGCUGGGACAUUGACAGCUGCACACACUGCUACUGCCUGCAGGGUCAGACACUGUGCUCGACAGUCAGCUGCCCUGCUCUGCCCUGCCACCAACCAGUCACAGUAGAGGGCAGCUGUUGUCCUCUGUGCCCAGAAAUAGUUCCUACAAACAUACCCAUAGAGAAGACGGACCAACAUGGAGAUAAACUGAGGCACUGGCCAGCCUGGCCUACACACAGUGAGAACGACAUCAUGCCUCAAUUCAGAGGUGACUUCGCCAGCCUCCAGAUGCCAUACCUGGACGGCAAAACACCAGUGCACAGUGAGGAUGCCAGCAUUCAUUGGGCCUGGGUUGCACUGCCCAUCCUCAUGAUGGCACUCACUAUAGCAGCUUUACUGCUUGUAAACCAGAAAAAGCAGUGGAUCCCUGUGCCUUGCUACCAUGCACCCACAAAGCCUACAUGUUUGAAUAACCAGCUGGUGUAUGUGGACUGCCAGAAGGGGACAAAGGUUCAGGUGGACAGCUCCCAGCGCAUGUUGCGCAUCGCCGACCCCGACUCGCGUUACAGUGGUUACUACAGUAUGCAGAAACACAACAACCUAGAGGCAGACAACUUCUAUCAGACUGCGUGAGCAAGACAGACCCACAUCUAACGAAAGAGACUGGGGUCAGCCACCAAACCUUGAGAGCACAUUAUCAAAGAACUAGAACUAAAGAGCUAUUAAAGCUACAGUGCUGGACAACACACCCAACCAGAGCAAAGAGGCCAGAGUAAAAACAUCCUCACAAUACCCACAUCAACUGAGCGUCACUAUGGGACGCACACAGAGAAUUAAAGGUCUAGUUAGGACACAGUAUCUUUACCAAACCGCUCACUGCAGGAGUGUAUUUAUUUGGAUGGGAGACGCUGAAAGCGUUUCCUGGAAUAUUUUUGUGCGUUAGAGCUGUGUUAGGGUGAGAAUGGUAGUGUGCUUGUAGGUGUGCAUGUCUGCACGGUUGGAGGGCAGCAAGAUCCAACCUACAUAUUUGGGGUCAAGGCAGACUGGGGUGUUUUGGUUUAUAUAUCAAGAGUGAUAUUUUCAUGCAUUCCUGUUUUUGAACACAAAAAAAAUAUUUGAAAAGAAACAGACUUGAUUGAGUGCUUAGUGUAAAUGUCGAACCAAAGCUUCUCUGAGAAGAAAAAGUACAGAGGAGAUGCAAUCCACAGUCAGGCUCAACUUAUUUUAACCAGUUUUAAAGACGAAUGGAAGAAAACGGAAAAGCAGCUUAGUGAAAAGUAGUUCUUCCUGUGUAAAUGGAUGUUAGAGGGUGUUGGACUCCCAAGUAGUACUUCACUUACAUGUAUAAGCAUUUUGUUCCUUUCACAGAACACUCAACAGCUAUAUUAUUUUAUGACGGAGGGUAGAUUGACCCCCACACACUGAGCAUCGAUAUACAUUGUGAGAAAGAAUAAACAGUUCUUAAUGAGA